AUAAGUCUCCACAAACAUCACACUAGGACUUUCUCGGAAGAAGCAGGGUACGCCCCUACGUCCUCCGCGGCGGUCGUUCCACCCUGCAGGCACCACCUCCACCUCAGCCAAUCAGCGAGCGCCUGUGCUAAAGGGACGAGCCUCCAGUGGUGAAGCGGACGCAAGAUGGCUGCGGCGUGUCGGACCCUGAAGGGCUUAGUCGCGGUAAUAACUGGAGGAGCCUCGGGUCUUGGUCUGGCUACCGCGGAGCGACUGGUGACUCAAGGGGCUACUGCUGUGCUUCUGGACCUGCCCAACUCAGGUGGUGAGGCCCAGGCCAAGAAGUUAGGAAAGAGCUGCGUGUUCGCCCCAACAGAUGUGACCUCUGAGAAGGAUGUGCAAUUGGCCCUGACUCUAGCAAAGGAGAAGUUUGGCCGGGUGGAUGUGGCUGUGAAUUGUGCAGGUAUUGCAGUGGCCAUUAAGACAUACAACUUAAAGAAGAACCAGGCCCAUACCUUGGAGGACUUCCAGCGAGUUAUCAAUGUGAAUCUUAUGGGUACCUUCAAUGUGAUCCGUCUGGUUGCUGGUGAGAUGAGCCAGAAUGAACCAGACCAGGGAGGCCAACGUGGGGUUAUUAUCAACACUGCCAGUGUGGCUGCCUUUGAGGGCCAGGUGGGACAAGCUGCAUAUUCUGCGUCCAAAGGGGGCAUAGUGGGCAUGACAUUGCCCAUUGCUCGGGAUCUGGCUCCAAUAGGCAUCCGGGUGAUGACCAUUGCUCCAGGCCUAUUUGGCACCCCACUGCUGACCAGCCUUCCAGAGAAGGUACGCAACUUCCUGGCCAGCCAAGUGCCCUUCCCCAGCCGACUGGGCGACCCUGCUGAGUAUGCUCAUCUAGUACAGACCAUAAUAGAGAACCCAUUCCUCAAUGGAGAGGUCAUCCGGCUGGAUGGGGCCAUCCGCAUGCAGCCUUGAAGGGAGAAGUCUGGGAAAACAAAGGCUCCUGUGCCCCACCUCCUCCUGGGGUACUACUAACUUUGUCUACCAGUCAUCCUCUGUGCCUAAUAAACUAUUUUCUUACUUUG